CUUCCUACUCUGCGACCCCCCUCGCGCUCUACCAAUCCCCCUCCACCUUCAUCACAAACGAAACCAUGAGCUGCUGGGUUGAUGUUCCUGCUGGAAGCGACUUUCCCAUCCAGAACCUGCCCUACGGUGUCAUCUCGACCGCCGACGCUCCGUCUGUGCGCCGCAUUGCAGUGGCCAUCGGAGCCCAUGCGCUCGACCUCGCGGCCACUGCGCACCUCUUCACCGACGCCGCAGUCCAGGCCGCGUUCGCUCAGCCAACCCUCAACCAGUUCAUGUCGCUCGGUCGCGCUGCUUGGUCGUCCGCUCGCGCUGAAAUCACCGCUUGGCUCACGUCGACCGCAUCCGCGCUGCACUCAGACGCUGCGCUGCGUGCUCGUGCGCUGAUUCCUCUCGCCCACGUCACCAUGCACAUGCCCGCUCAGAUUGGCGACUACACUGACUUUUACUCGUCCAUCGAUCAUGCUACCAACGUCGGCAUCAUGUUCCGCGGCCGCGAGAACGCCCUGAUGCCCAACUGGAAGCACCUCCCCGUCGGCUACCACGGCCGCGCAUCCUCGAUCGUCGUGUCAGGCACUCCUCUGCGGCGCCCCUGCGGCCAGACGAAGGCCGACGACGAGAAGGCUGUGCCCGUCUACGAGCCCUCGAAGACCCUUGACUUUGAGCUUGAGAUGGCAUUCUUCGUUGGCGCUGGCAACAAGCUUGGCGAGCCCAUUCCUGCAACUCGCGCUCACGAGCACAUUUUCGGCAUGGUUCUCAUGAACGACUGGAGUGCUCGCGAUAUUCAAAAGUGGGAGUACGUCCCCCUCGGCCCGUUCCUCGGAAAGAACUUUGGCACCACCAUCUCGCCAUGGGUUGUCACAAUGGACGCGCUCGCUCCGUUCGCCGUGCCCAACGCCGUGCAGGACCCCCAGCCGCUCCCUUACCUGCGCCACGACGACGCUUACACCUUCGACAUCAAGCUGGAGGUUGCCAUCAAGGGCGAAAACAUGGCUGCACCCGGUGUCGUGACUCGCUCCAACUUCCGCCACAUGUACUGGACCAUGAAGCAGCAACUGGCCCACCACUCGGUCAACGGCUGCAACAUGCAGCCCGGCGAUUUGCUCGCCUCUGGCACCAUUAGCGGCCCCGAAGAGUCCUCGUUCGGCUCCAUGCUCGAGCUCUCGUGGAAGGGUACCCGCACUAUCGACCUUGGCGGCGGCGAGGUCCGCAAGUUCAUCAAGGACAACGAUGAGGUCAUCAUCCGUGGCCACUGCGAAGCCAACGGCGUGCGCAUUGGCUUUGGCGAGGCGUCUGGCAAGAUUCUGCCCGCGACUCCGAUGCAGUUCUAAGCUGGAGACGGACUUUUGGUUUGUUUUCUUGCGAAGCGAGUUGCUGGUUUUUUGGUCUCUUUGGUUUUUUGUCUUUGUUGUUUUUGUUGGACUCUCAUACACUUGAGGACGCAAGCGGGAAUUGAUUUUGGUGGUUGAUGAUCGGAUUGGGGAUUUUGAUGGAGGCAGGGUUCUGGG